GGACCGUGGGCCAUGAGCAUGGGGACAGGGCCUAACCCAUCCGCCCUCCCCUCCCACAUAAGGUAGGUUGGGUAGGUACACAUACCAUAUCUCGGCAGCGUUGAACGUGCUGCAUCUCUCGAUGACUCCCCAAUGUGGUGGGAGGGUUGCCAAGGUGCCAACGAACGCACGUUGCUCCUGGGCGGGAGCGGCAGCGGGAGCCUGGUCAUGCGGUCUGUAUGCGACUUUGUUGGCGCGAUGUGGACAUGAUCUAAGUUGAAUAAGGGCUAGAUGCUGGCUUCCCAAAUGACCUCCUCGGGAACCCUAAAAAGCAAGGCAAGCGACGCGCUUUGCAGAAGAGAGAAGAGACGACAACAAGCGACGACGGACAACGAGCACGCCGCGCCGGAAGGGGGGCAUGGAAGAAAAAGAACGAUCGUCAUGGCGCUCCGCGUCCGUGGGUUUGGGUGUGCUGCCCCGGCUGGUGCUGACGGACCCCGGUACGCCCAAGCCCCGGUACGCUUAUGCGCUGUGGGCGCUGUGAGUGGCCUCCCUGGCCGCCUCCCUGCUCUUCGCUGGGCUUAUGAAGGAGCUUUCUGGUGCCCUCUGGUAGGUUGCUGGGCUCGGUUGGCAUGCUGGUAUGCUGGCAAACUGGCAUGCUGGCAUGCAUGGGGAUGGGAUGUCGACUGCGUUUACUCGAUUCCAUGUCGGGACAAUGAUGGGGAUAAAAAGCCAAAUCUAGCCAUCGCUGCGCCCUCAUGGCGGACGGGCUGCCUUCUCAGGCACAGCACCCGACGCUGCCGGCAGCACCAGCAAGUAGAGCGACAGGACGGCGAGAACUGGCGCGUCUGGCACGUACAGCGUGGCACAGCAUUUGCAUGGCAUACAUACAUACACAGGAGCAUGGCAUAACAUGGCAGCGCGUGGCUUCGGCCCCGACGGGAGCUGUGGGACCGCGGGAUGGCUGGACGGGUUGCUGGCCAAAUCUCACACCCCUACGGAGUACUUGACUGGCCGUUCGAGGAGAUAUAUCGACAAUUGUGGCAGCUUUCGUUGGACUGUUGAGACAAUGUUGCAUGCUCACGUCGACCAAAGGGAAAAAAAU